ACAGUCUUUAUUCGCACGUCGUACAAGACACUUCGGUCGCCUGUAGUUCGGGCGAAACUGUUUCAUUUUUUAAAUAAAUUAUUGGAUUUAUUGGUCAUUAGCAAUUAAUAAUAUUACCUCAAUUAAAAAUUAAUUAUUAUUAGAGUUUUAAUUAAAGAAAGGGUAAAAGUGGGGAGCUAUUUACUGAUAAAUUUUAAUUUUUUUUCUUUUUUAAAUAACGAUGUCAGCGCGUACUAGAGAUAAAUUAAAUGAAUUUGUUAGUGACACAACUAAUGAAAAAAAUUUAGAUGAUAAAAGUGAAAUUACUGAAUUUUUUGACGGCUGCAAUGUACUUGUUACCGGAGGUUCGGGUUUUGUUGGUAAACUUCUUGUUGAAAAAUUAUUACGAUCCUGCAAUGUCGCUAAAGUUUAUCUUAUAAUGAGAGCAAAAAAAGGAAAAUCUUCGGAGCAACGUUACAAAGAACACUUUGAGGAUGUUGUGUACGAUAGACUAAGAAAAGAAAAACCAGAUUUUGCAAGCAAAGUUGUUAUGAUUGAAGGUGGAUUAGAAGAAAGUGGACUAGUAUUAUCUUCUGAAAGUCGCGAUUUGCUGAGAGACUCACAUGUUAUUUUUCAUGGGGCUGCAACUGUACGUUUUGAUGAUAAGUUAAGAUUUGCUGUCAAUAUAAAUGUUCGGGGAACUAAAGAAGUUUUAUUGUAUGCAAGAGAAAUGCCUAAUCUUAAGGCAAUUGUUCAUAUUGGAACGGCAUUUUCGAAUUGUGUGAACAAAUUUAUCGAUGAAGUAUAUUAUGAUUGCCCUAUUGAAAGUGAUAAAUUGUUGACAUUGAUCGAUAUACUCGACGACGAAGCGCUGGAAUAUGUAACUCCAAAGCUCAUAGGCAAAUGGCCAAACACAUACGCGUUUACAAAAACUUUGGCUGAAGAUGUUGUGCUAAAAUGCGGUAAAGGAUUACCUGUUUGUAUUGUUCGUCCUUCGAUAAUGAUUGGAACGUACAAAGAGCCUGUUGAGGGUUGGAUUAAUAACCUUUAUGGUCCCACUGGGGUCGUUGUUGGUGCCGGUAUAGGCUUACUACGUUCAUUGCAUUGUGAGCACUCGAAUAUAGCUGAUAUGAUACCUGCUGAUUAUGUUAUUAAUAAUAUCAUCGCUGCCGCAUGGGAUAUUGGAACAACAAAAAUGCGAAAAUCGGUGAAAGCUUUGACACCUGGUAAAACUGAUGGAAACGAGUCAGGGUUAAAUAAAAAUAGUGAUCAAGAUGAUGAGAACCCGCCGAUAUAUAAUUGUGUUUCUUCAGUACAAAAUCCAACAACGUGGGGUGAGUUUAUGAAGCACACUGAAACAUAUGGUACAAAAAUUCCAUCUAAAAAAGUCUUAUGGUACUACUGCCUCACUCUCAACAGCAAUCUUUGGAUACACAAUAUUUAUAUAUAUCUAUUCCACUUAUUUCCCGCUCUGAUUGUUGACAUCGUUGCAAGAUUGGCUGGCCGCAAACCAAUAUUAUUGAAUGCGUAUAAAAAAAUUCAUAAAUUCAGUGCCGUUAUAUCGUACUUCUGUACUCAGCAAUGGAAAUUCCGUAACGACAAUGUGAUUAAAUUGUGGGAUAAAUUAAAUCCAACGGACCGUAAGAUUUUUUAUUUCCAUGUCGGCGAAUUCAGGUGGGAAGAUGUUUUGUCUAAUAAUAUUAUGGGAGUAAGAUUAUUUUUACUCAACGAUCCACUCGAUAGUCUCGAAUACAGUAGGAAAAGAUAUGUCGCGUUAAGAAUCGCUCAUUAUACUGUUGUAACAAUAACAUGUUUAUUAUUGUUAUGGCUAAAGUGGACAUUACUUUGUACAAUCUUUUCAAUGGUAUUUUGAUUUUUAAAAUUAAUACUAAUUACAACAACUCAUCAACAAUUGAUUAAUUACAUUCACACCUGUUUAUUUUUAUAAUUAUUGUGUUUAUUCAU